GUCACUCUGGGCGUAAAAUCAACUUGUUUAAAUAAGGUUGUAACUGGAAGCUUUCUUUUUUUUUUUUUUGUUCUAUCAUCAACCUUUUUUGGAUUUGGUUUCAAUUCUUUAAUAUCUCAAUUGGUUCAUAUUUCUAUUUUUCACUUGCAAACCCGGGAAAAAAAGGGCUUAUGAAUAGUAUUAAACUUGCGCCUUUAAUAGGCUUGACAGCCGACCCACACGUCGAACUGGAAUCUCUUUCGAGCCUCAUUCAAACUUACCCAUUGCCAAACUCUCACACUCAAAAUUAUGCACCUUUUAUAAACCAGAUCAACCCUAUUAAGAAAAAGCCUAUAGUCACCAUUUCAGGAGCCCUGGAUACUGUGGCGCCUAUCAGUAUGAAAAGAUCGAGCACACGGACCAGCAGACGUAACAGGAGGGAUCAGUGCUCUCCUUUAAGUAUCAAUGAUGUCAAUGAUCUUUGGGGUGUCUAUCUGAGACAGCAAGAAGACUUUGGCGUUGAUACCUCAGAUAAACAAGCUAUGGCUAGAAGAUAUCAUAAGUUGGAUAGGGAUCAAGUGAGAACACUAAAAAUAUUAUCUGGAAAAACCGAGCCAGAUGAUAAUGCACCAAUCGAAAUUCCGAGGAAAAGCAAGAACAAGGUUGCUCCAGAAUCGGUAAAGCGGUCCGAUAAACCAGUCAAUAAACGGCAAAAACGAAAAAAAAUGAUCAGGGACGAACUUAAAAGGCAAUUGAGCAUGUUUACUGAUUUUCCUGGAUCUGAAGGAUUUCCUUGGAAGGCCAUUAUUUCUGAAAGAGGAUAUCGCCAACUAAAAUUAAUAGGUUGGCCAAAUAAUAUACCCAUUUCAAAAAGGAUUGACGAUUUCAAUCCUUCUGAAUUAAACAUCUUUGAAGACGCUAUUCGAACUGGGACUCUUAGAAUAAUCAAAAUGAAAGACGUCGAUCUAUACGCGACAGAAGAAGAUAAUGACGAGGAUUUUCACAUCUGUUAUUAAUUUGUAAAAAAAAAAAAUUUAAAAAAAAAAAAGUGAUGUAAUAAAGGAGUUUGCUUUUUCUCUGCUUUCAUGCC